UUGGCAGGGGGGAGGUGGCUGCAGGGCUCUGCAAUCCUGCGGCCAUGGGCCAAGGUUGGGCUGCUCCAGGACUGCCCAGCCUCCUCUUCCUCCUGCUCUGCUUCGGGCACCCCCUGCUGGUCCCCAGCCAGGAGGUCACCAGCCAGGUGACAAUUGACCAGGGAACAACCAGCCAGGCAACAGUCAGCCAGGCAACAACCGGAAGCCAGACAACAACUCACCAGGCAACAACCAGCAGCCAGACAACCCAGAGCCCAACCCUGGUGACUGACGAGGCCGAGGCCAGCAAGUUUGUGGAGGAAUAUGACCAGAUAUCCCAGGUGGUAUGGAACGAGUAUGCGGAGGCCAACUGGAACUACAACACCAACAUCACCUCAGAGGCCAGCAAGAUCCUGCUACAGAAGAACAUACAGAUGGCAAACCACACCUUAAAGUAUGGCACCCGGGCCAAGCGGUUUGAUGUGACCUAUUUCCAGAACACCACCAUGAAGCGGAUAAUACACAAGAUUCAGGACCUAGAGCGUGCAGCGCUGCCUGCCAAGGAGCUGGAGGAGUACAACCAAAUCCUGCUGGACAUGGAAACCACUUACAGUGUGGCCUCUGUGUGCCACUCCAAUGGCACUUGUCUGCAGCUAGAGCCUGAUCUGACGAAUCUGAUGGCCACAUCCCGGAACUAUGAAGAACUGUCAUGGGCAUGGAAGGGCUGGCGAGACGAGGUGGGAAGAUCCAUCCUCCCUUUUUUCCCCAAAUAUGUGGAACUCUCCAACAAGGCCGCCCGGCUCAAUGGCUACACAGACGCAGGGGACUCAUGGAGAUCUGUGUAUGAGAUGCCAACCCUCGAGCAAGACCUGGAGCAGCUCUUCCAGGAGCUGCGGCCGCUCUACCUGAACCUGCACGCCUACGUGCGCCGGGCCCUGCACCGCCACUACGGGCCCCAGCGCAUCAACCUAGAGGGCCCCAUUCCCGCGCACCUGCUGGGGAACAUGUGGGCGCAGACCUGGUCCAACAUCUAUGACUUAGUGAUACCCUUCCCUUCGGCCCCCAAGAUGGACGCCACGGAGGCCAUGAUAAAGCAGGGCUGGACACCCAAAAAGAUGUUUGAGGAAGCAAACGAUUUCUUCACCUCCCUGGGGCUGCUGCCUGUGCCCCCUGAGUUCUGGAACAAGUCGAUGCUGGAGAAGCCGACCGAUGGGCGAGAAGUGGUGUGCCAUGCCUCUGCCUGGGACUUCUACAAUGGCAAGGACUUCAGGAUCAAGCAGUGUACCACUGUGAACAUGGAGGACCUGGUGGUAGCCCACCAUGAAAUGGGCCACAUACAGUAUUUCAUGCAGUACAAGGACUUGCCUGUGACCUUCCGGGAGGGCGCCAACCCUGGCUUUCACGAGGCCAUCGGGGAUGUGCUGGCCCUCUCAGUGUCUACCCCCAAGCACCUGCACAGCAUCAACCUGCUGAGCAGCGAUGGUGACAGCUAUGAGCAAGACAUCAACUUUCUGAUGAAGAUAGCGCUCGACAAGGUCGCAUUUGUCCCCUUCAGCUACCUCAUCGACCAGUGGCGCUGGAGGGUCUUUGACGGAGGCAUCACCAAGGACAACUACAACCAGGAGUGGUGGAGCCUCAGGCUGAAAUACCAGGGCCUCUGCCCCCCGGUGGCCAGGUCUCAAGGCGACUUUGACCCGGGCGCCAAGUUCCACAUUCCUUCAAGUGUGCCUUAUAUCAGGUACUUUGUUGGCUUCAUCAUCCAGUUUCAGUUCCACGAGGCGCUGUGUCAGGCAGCUGGCCACAAGGGCCCCCUGCACAAGUGUGACAUCUACCAGUCCAAGGAGGCAGGGAAGCGCCUGGCGGACGCCAUGAAGCUGGGCUUCAGUAAACCCUGGCCGGAAGCCAUGAAGCUGAUUACGGGCCAGCCCAACAUGUCCGCCUCAGCCAUGAUGAACUACUUCAAGCCACUGCUAGACUGGCUCCUCACGGAGAACGGGCGGCACGGGGAGAAGCUGGGCUGGCCUCAGUACAACUGGACACCAGACUCCGCUCGCUCGGAGAGCCCCUUCCCGGGCCACGGCCGCGUCAACUUCCUGGGUCUGAACCUGGAGGAGCAGCAGGCCCGGGUGGGCCAGUGGGUGCUGCUCUUCCUGGGCGUCGCCCUGCUGGUGGCCACCUUGGGCCUCACCCAGCGGCUCUUCAGCAUCCGCCACCACAACCUCCGCCGGCCCCACCGCGGGCCCCAAUUCGGCUCUGAGGUGGAACUGAGACACUCCUGAGAUGACCAGGCCAUGUGGGCCAGCCGGGAAGCAUCCACCACCGAGAGACCCGGAUGGGGACACGCGGUGGGCUGAGGACCCAACACUCCUCUCACAGCUCACCCCAGCCCGCCCUCCUCCUCCUCCCGCCCUGCGCCUCCUCUCCACUUCGCCUCCAGUCCUGUGCUACGAAUCCGUCCUCCAGAUCCCGAACCGCGGUGACCCCUGUUCCCCAGUCUCCAGGCACCAGGCCACCUAACAAGGAACCCCCCCACCCCAGCCUCUCUGUGAAUACAAUUAAAGGUCCUGCCCUCCCAUCUGAGUCUGUGUCCCUCACCGGGAAGCCAGGGACAAGGUCGGGGAUGCUCUCCUGCUUCCUGGCAGCCAAGCAGGUCCCUUCAAUGGGCGUCUUCAGACUCCUCCAAGAAGAGCCUGGGAAAAUGACCCCGCGCUCUGGCCCUGGCACCACCCAGCAGCGCCCACGCCUGUCUUCCCUCCAGCCAGGCAAUCGGCCAGUGUCCUGUCUUGGCAGUCAGUCCCUGCCCAGCCCAGGCACCAACCCAGGAGGAUUCUGGGAAGCAGACAUCCUGAGUUUCUGGCCUCACAUUCCCAUGUGCUUCAGGAGUCCUACCCCAGCUGUUUCCAUAAAUAGCUGGGGCUCCCAGAUGGAAUGCUCCCCUGGGGGAGAGUGCCUUGCCUGUGCCUGACUCAUUGAAGGUACAGAACUGGCCCCACGGUCCCCUCAACCUCCUGCCUACAUCAGCUUUAUGUCCACUUGUGUAAGUGGACAGAUCCACUUGAGUGUUGCCCUUGGGGACCAGGUCCAGGUCCCUUCUCCGUAGCUGGAGAGGGGCCCUAAACGCUGGAGCAUGGUAGUAGCUGGCGCCCAUGUAGGAACAGCUGCCGGAGGCUACCCCUGCCUGUCCCCCAGUGCAUGCCCUCACCCUGAGCCUCCUCUCAGAAGGCCAAUAUGGGUUUGAGGGAGUAUCAUUUUGAGGGACAUUUUUAUAAC